ACCACCUCCUCCAUAACCAAACGCAUCACACACAAACAUCUCAAAUAACAAGUUUUUUGUUGUUUCAAUUCACCAAUCAGAUCGUUUGUUCGAUCCCGAUCGCAAUGGGCAACAGUUUAAGAUGUUGUUUGGCUUGUGUUCUUCCAUGUGGUGCUCUUGAUCUGAUCAGAAUAGUUCAUCUAAACGGCUACGUUGAAGAGAUCACUCGUCCGGUCACCGCGGGUGAGGUUUUAAAGAACUACCCUAAUCAUGUGUUAAGUAAACCAUGUUCUCAAGGUGUUGUUAGGAAAAUCUUGAUCUUAUCAAACAGUACCGAGCUAAAAAGAGGUAGCAUAUAUUUCUUGAUCCCAUCUUCAUCAGUGCCAGAAAAUAAAAGAAACCCGCAACAAAAAGAUUUAAAAAAGGUGAAGAAAGUGGUCGAAUCCAAUGAUGUCGUCGUUGCGGUGCAAUCUUCGGAUGUUGUGGUGGUGUCGGAGAAGAAAAAGGGUGGUCACCGGAGAGCACGCCGGACGGUUCAGGCUAGUGAAUGGAGGCCUCAUCUUGAGAGCAUUUUUGAAGAAUAAAAAAAAAAGUUCUUUUUUGUGGGGUUUAUUUGAUUCUUGUUGUGAAAAAAAUAUAUAUUCUUGUGGAUAGAUUUGACAUUUUUUAAAAAAUUUUUACCUUGUGUUUAUGGUUUUUUAUAAACUAAGGUAGAUGUCUCUUUUGCCAUAAGAAAGUCAUGAUGAAGAGAGAAUGAGAGCAAACAUAUGCCCCAAGUUCAUGUAAUGUCAUGUUCCAAGUUGUAAUUAUUAUUUAUAAAUAUUUUUGCUUUUUUUAUAUA